GUUGUUCGGGGCGGGGCUUCCGCCUCGAAAACACGAGCGGCGUUUCUAGAAAGGGAAAGGGGCGCGCGCUCACCGGACAUUAGGAGUAACAACCCGCGAGCGCACGGAGCCAACCUGCUCCUCUAUAGCCUAGCUUUCCCAGCAGUCCUCAAAAAAGUUUUUCCCAGAUGAAUUCUCUGGGCGCUUCCUCUAAAUGGCCGUCUUACGACUCGCUGCGCUCCAACUCCAGCUUCCUGCCCAGCGAGGGCGAGCAGACUGAGGAUGAGGCGGACGUCUUCUCCGAGCCUGAAGGGGACGGAGGGAAGAAAGUCUGUCUCUUGUCUGACGAGGACGUUUCCGGACCGUACCUCCGUUUUGGGUCAAAUCAACUGUACGAGCGCGACCCGCCAGGACUCGACAUCCCGGAUCGAUAUCCCGCCGCGUCGGCCUCUCCUGGAGCCGCUGAGCUGGGGUCAUCGCUGCAGACACCUGGGGACCUGGCUUUUGCUCAGAAAUGCGCUGAUUUGCACAGAUUUAUCCAUCCGUUGUUUGAGCUUCUCCAUGGGCUGAAAAUGGGGCGUUUUGACAAAGGUUUAAACGGUUUCCAGCAAAGUGUUGCCAUCGACAGACUGCAGAAGAUUCUAGGAAUCUUACAGAGACCUGAGAUGGGUGAGAAAUACCUUCAAAACCUGCUGCAGAUAGAGAUGCUGCUGAAGGCCUGGUUCCCUCAGAGAGCCUUAAAGUCCACAAACCGGCAAACGCCUCCUUCAACUCUGACCCCACACUGGCACCAGAACCAGCUCCACAUGCCAGUGAAGAAACGAAAGCUGAGCUGGCCGGACCCCCGUGACGCCGGCGGAGUGCCAGCCAAACGCAAACACCAUCAACAGGAACACGGCCGCUGUGACGCCCCGCCGCUCGCCGCUGCCGCCACGUGUCUUCCCCCAUCUCCUAAAAAACAAACCCCUCCAGGAGAGGAGCGCCCCCACCUGACGGGGGGCCGCCGUGACGCUGGACAGACGCUCACAGACAGCCACUGCCGCGUAAUCAGAUGGUUGUGGUCCAACGGCAAGCACCAAAACCCAAAUCCUGAGCUUCCCUCCUGUGAGAGUCCAGCCAUGCAGGACAGCUCCGUGUCUUCUAGCAACGGCGCCGCUGCAGCUCUCCUUAACCAGCAGUAACCGACCUCACUGGGCCUCAGACGGCGUUCCCGCUACAGCGGGGAUUCCAUAAGCAUUAAGUCAGGACUGCAGAGAAGCACCUCCAUGAACCUGCUUCUCCUGAGGUAUCGCACUGAAUGAGCCGGAGCGGUUCGUAGUUUACUGUUGGAGGGAAACAUUUACCAGGUUAGAGGUUUUCCUCUUCAAAGACGAGCGGGAAAGGAUUCUGUGUUGUAGUUAGAGGGAAUGUUCCAGCAGAACACAGGACGGACCUCUUGGUUUAUGAACUCUUUUAUAUUACAAUCAUUUUCCAUAGCACUCCUGGUUCACUAACAGUUACCUGUUUGUCCAAGCUCCACCUCCAGUGAAGAAGUCAAGGGCGGGAAAACGUUCCCGCCCUUUUAAAAAGAGCAUUUCUGUGAGUGAAGGACAGAAAGUGCCAAAGAAAACCUCUUUACAUGCGGUGCAGCUGAUGUCGACACAACAGUCGUGUUCAGCCGAACACGCAGCUGCACCUUUCAAACUAGGGCUGCCACGAACCGACUGAUCGAUUAGUCGACUGAUCGAUUAGUCGACUAAUCGGGUCACUCAAAAAGUGGAUGUAAAGCACAACUCUCAACAAUCGUUAACUUUAAACUAACUAAAGAUAAAACUAACUAAAGAUAAGGACGAUUCAGAUGAUGGUUUAUUAAGCUUUUAAUUAAUCUUGCAGCUUCUGUCCGUCAUUAGUUUGGGAUUAAAACAAGAUUACAUCACAUCAGAGAGAGAUAUGGGAUUAACCUUCCAUCAAACUCCUUUUGACAGGUGCCCCGCCCCUCAAGAUGACAUAACGUAAUGUCAAAGGUCAGCUGUCAAAAUGAGUUUGAUGGAAAGUAUAUUCCUGAUCUCUCUAAUGAGGUCGGCUUCUGAAACUAUUUUUCACUAAAGAUAAAGUUUUGGUCUUAUUGACUUAAAUAAGGAAAAAAGUGCUUUUUUAUGCUGUAUUUUCACAACUUUGUUCAACUUUACUAAACUCUGAUUCCCUAUAAUAUAAAGUAACGACUGCAGCUCUAACUGCAACUCCAUGAAAUGUGGAAAUAUAAAGUUCUAACCGUUUAUGUAGCUAUAAACUGAUCUUCAUUUUGAUGGAAAAGCUUCUAAAUGUCUUAUUUUUGUAUCAUUUCCAUCCAUACGGAUUCAAAUGAAUGCUGCACUUUGGGUGAUGAGGACUUGUUACAUAUCUGUGAACGUUGGAGGUAUUUAUGAUGAUUUUUUAUACCAAAUGUUGAGAUAAGUUAUUGAACUGUAAAAAGGUUUUGGCUGCAGUUUACAGAUAAACAUUUGGUUUAUUAUUAUUUAUGAGGAAAGUUCAGAAGGUUCUGCAGGUGAAAAGCAGCUUCUCUGUCCCGUUAAAACCAUUUGUUCCUCUGAGUUGCUGUUCCAGCAUUUAAGUGCUUUCAUCAUUUGAUAUAAAAUACUUGAAAAGCAUGUUAAAUAUUUCCAUUCCUUAACAGAUCCAGGUUUUUUUCACAUUAUUAGGGUUUUCUAUCAUAACGUUUUACAUCGGGUAUCAUUCACGUUGAAUGACAUUUCAUGUCUGGUGGUUUAUCACCUGUCAGCCUUACUUUAAACACCUGAAAUCCAACAAAAACACCUGAAGUAAGAUUUUAACAGUAAUUACAACUCAAACUAAAUCUGGGUUUGUGUCAUUAUUUGCUUCAUUAAUUCUGGAUGCAAAAUGAUGUUUUUAAAUGUGAAACGAAGAACAAAAGUGUCCGGUUGUGAUUUGGUUUAAUGUAAUCCUCGGUAAAUUUGAGUUUUCUCAGAUGGAAACAAGUUUAUAUGUUGAUGGUUUUGUUUAUUUAUUUUAACCAACGAUUUUUACAUGAAAUAAUUACUGUUGGUGAAUAAAACAUGUUUUUAUAUAUUAUUAAAAUAUUUGGUUUGUCAAAA